AUGAGGUCGACAUAUGAUCAAUCAGAACUACUGCAAGCUAAAUUGGAGAUUCUUAGUAAAACUAACAUGAUUGACUAUGUUAUAGAAAUCAGAGGGACACUUUAUCCUAGGGAAAGUACUCCUGAAGAGAUCAAAGCUCGCAGAGGUGUUGUUCUCUCGCAGCUGCAAGAGUUACAAGAUGCAGUAGAACCAGUUCUCAGGCUAAUGCAAAGGGAUGAUGUAAUGAAGACUGUGGAAACCAUGAGAGAUCCAAAAACUCUGAUAAACUAUUUAACUACCAAUAGAGAAUUUGAGUUUAAAAUUGAGAUGAUUGACAGCAUGUAUCAGUUAGCAAAAUACAGAUAUGAAUGUGGUAAUUAUGUGGAAUCAGCUUCAUACUUGUACUUCUGUCAGCUUGUAAUGUCACCAACAGAUAAGAAUUAUCUUUCCGUUCUUUGGGGAAAAUUAGCGAGUGAGAUAUUGGUACAGAACUGGGACGGGGCUCUCGAAGAUUUAACUAAGCUUCGCGAAUUCAUCGAUAACGGUGGCGCAGGCGCUACUGCUAGCAAUAUGCAAGCCCUUCAACAACGCACUUGGCUCGUACAUUGGUCACUUUUUGUAUUCUUCAAUCAUGUGAAAGGCCGUGAUCUUAUCAUUGAGAUGUUCUUGUACAAGCCAUUUAUGUUAGCUGAGAAUUUAAAUAUGCAGCCAGACGAGGCAGAAUGUUGGAUUGUAAACUUGAUUCGUAACGCACGUCUGGAUGCCAAAAUUGAUUCAAAACUGGGCCAUGUUGUUAUGGGUGCCCAGCCACUUUCGCCAUAUCAGCAGCUAGUGGAGAGAAUUGACUCAUUGGCUGUAAGGUCAGAGGCAUUGACAUCUUUAGUAGAGAGAAAACAUAAAGCCCGUAACCAAGAUAUCCGCUGGGGAGCACAAGAAUUU